CGAGCGUCGGGAGCGCGCAACAGGGUCUAUCGUACAAGUGGUAUGUGCUUCCUCCCGUCAGUUACUCACUGUUUGAAUGCGGUGAUGUGUUGUCUUCACUCAUCCCAUGUGCUGCAACGAAGAACCAUUUUUUAAAUGUUCGUUUUUUUACUUCACCUGGCGGGAUAUUUAACGGACAGAUUAGCUUUCUUUGUCCCUCGUUUUGACUGUAUGAGUGGCUCGUGAAGGACUGACAGGCGUCUUUUUGUGUAGCAUGUGAUAGAGACAAGGGACUGAGGCGUGUUUGUGUUUCACGGAUGCUACCGGGAAAAGAAGUGGCUUUCUUUCAUUUUAUGUUCCCUGUGGAUGUGACUUUAUCUCCGUCUGGGUUCAGCAGGACAUGACGGAGGAGCGCCGCCGGUGGAUUUUAUGGGGCUCUUGCUAGCUGUUGAAUGGCAAGAUGAACAAUGACUGUUGAGCCUAAUAGUUUUGUUUGGAUGUUGUUAUGCGAAUGCCUUGCUUUUAAACGCGCAGACAGUAAACGCAUUUUAAUUUUUGUGAAGUGAGAGCUAACGUUGGUGAAACUGAACACAGCACGGGGAGGAUCAAUUCAGGCGCGGCCGGGCUGGCAAACAAUGCGGAUUACCUCUUGACUGUUUUGCCUUUGUGUCACACAGACCGUAUACAGUUUGAGACAACACUCGCAGGAAGAAUACCCGGUCCUUUUUAAAUUGUAAUUUUAAUUUACUGUCUUGGAAAAGAGACAACUACAAACUGGCUGACAACAGAGCAACAGGGACAACGAUGGCGAACGACUCUAUCCAAAGUGACCCAGAUGGACUGUCUGUUCUGGAGCAGCUCGGCCUGGACCAGAAUUCGGAUUUCUCCGAUUCCAGUGUGCAGCAGCUUCUAGACGAGCAGCGCGAAAGGAUCCGUAGAGAGAUUCGUAAGGAGCUGAAAAUCAAGGAGGGAGCUGAAAACUUACGGAGGGCAACAACAGACAAGAGGAACGCACAGCAGGUGGACAGCCAGUUGCGUUCUUCUAACCGCAAGCUGGACAAUCUACAUGCUCAGCUGCAACAACUGGAUGCUCACAUUGUGGUGAAGGGAGGAGAUGAGAAUAAAGAUGAGUGUCCUCAGUCUCCUGGGACUGAGAGUCGUACGUCAGCCCACAAGGAUCGCAUUGCUGCCCUGGAGAGACAGCUCAACAUCGAGCUUAAAGUCAAACAGGGAGUUGAAAACAUGAUCCCUAUCUACGCUAAUGGAUCCACCAAGGACAAGAAGAUGCUUCAGACAGCCCAGCAGAUGCAGCAGGACAGUAAGACCAAAAUUGACAUCAUCCGCAUGCAAAUCCGCAAGGCUGUGCAGGCUACGGAGCACAAUGAUGACACACAGGGUAACCAGGACCUCUGUGGGAUGGAGCUGCGUAUUGAAGAGCUGAGGCAUCACUACAGGGUGGAGCAUGCUGUUGCUGAGGGGGCCAAAAAUGUGCUCAAGCUCCUGGGGGCCAACAAGGUCCAGGACAAGAAAGCCUUGUCUGAAGCGCAGUCUCGUCUGAGCGAAGCUUCUCAGCGGUUGGACCUGCUGAGGUACUCUCUGGACCAGCGUCUGGCAGAGCUGCCUGAGGACCAUCCCAAGGCCAGUAUCAUCAAAGAGGAGCUAGUUCUGGCCUCCUCCCCUGUCUUCAGCUCUCGCCAUGGCGCCCCCUAUCACCACAACCAGUACAGCACCCUCAGCAAGCCCUCUCCUCUCACUGGUACCUUACAGGUGCAGGUACUGGGCUGUGGGGGGUUGUUGGAGGUGGUCCCAGGUCGCAAUAAAGGGACAGCUGUCAUGUUGCCCUGCUACAGCCCUGGAGACACCAGGUCCUUCAUGAGAGGCAGCAAGGGACUCUACGGAAGGAGCGGCUCAGUCAGCGGGAAGACACCCAGCAAGUCAGACGAGCUCUCCUCUGAGGUCAGUGCCGUGCUAAAGCUGGACAACAGUGUGGUGGGCCAGACACCUUGGAGGACUGUGGGAGAACAGGCUUGGGACCAGACCUUCACUGUGGAGCUGGAAAGGUCGAGGGAGAUGAGAUUGCAGUCUACUGAAGGACUAUCGCUCGUUUGUGCUUUGAAGUACCUGAAGCUGGAGGAGUUCCUGGACAACCAGAAACACAGAGCACUCGAGCUGGAGCCUCAGGGCCUGCUGCUGGCCGAGGUGACCUUCUUCAACCCGGUCAUUGAGAGAGUCCCUCGCCUCCAGAGGCAGAAGAAGGUCUUUUCUAAGCAGCAAGGCAAGGCUUUCAUUCGGGCUCGUCAGAUGAAUGUGGAUAUCGGGACCUGGGUGAGGCUGCUUCGAAACGCCAUUCCUACUGUCAACAACUCAGGAACCUACAGUCCCAGUGCACACAGCCUGACACUCAACUCUGGGGAGGUGUCAGUGGAGAAGUUAAGUCUGGACAGCGACUCUCCGAUACGAGGCGAUUACAAGAGAGACAUGGACGCACAUACCCCGGACCGACUGCCAGUCAUUGAGCCCUUCUCCCCCCCAGACCUCACCCCUGAGUGCCUUGUCCAAACCCCAUCUGUCGGCAGUAAGCAGAGGAAAGGUCCUCUGUCUCUCCAGGACUUCAGGCUGAUUGCUGUAUUGGGCAGGGGACACUUUGGAAAGGUGUUGUUGUCAGAAUACAAGAAGACGGGCACGAUGUACGCCAUCAAAGCCCUGAAGAAAGGAGAUAUUGUAGCUCGGGAUGAAGUGGAAAGUCUAAUGUGCGAAAAGCGUAUCUUUGAGGUUGUGAACCUGUCGCACCAUCCGUUCCUCGUCAACCUGUUUGCCUGCUUCCAGACUCCAGAGCAUGUGUGUUUUGUUAUGGAGUACACAGCAGGAGGCGACCUGAUGAUGCACAUCCACACAGACGUCUUCACAGAGCCACGAGCCGUGUUUUAUGCAGCCUGCGUAGUUCUUGGACUUCAGUUUCUCCAUGACCAUAAGAUUGUGUACAGAGACCUCAAGCUGGACAACCUGCUGCUAGACACAGAUGGUUAUGUGAAGAUUGCUGACUUUGGACUCUGUAAAGAAGGAAUGGGUUUCGGGGACCGGACCAGCACAUUCUGUGGGACUCCAGAGUUUUUGGCCCCUGAGGUGCUAACGGAUACAUCCUACACCAGGGCAGUGGACUGGUGGGGACUGGGGGUCCUUAUCUAUGAAAUGUUGGUGGGAGAGUCUCCAUUUCCAGGAGAUGAUGAAGAGGAGGUGUUUGACAGCAUUGUGAACGAUGAAGUCCGUUAUCCACGCUUCCUGUCCACUGAGGCUAUCGGCAUCAUGAGAAGGCUGUUGAGGAGGAACCCAGAGAGAAGACUGGGAUCUGGUGAAAAGGAUGCAGAAGAGGUGAAGAAGCAGCCAUUUUUCCGAAAUGUGGACUGGGAGGCAUUGCUGCAAAGGAAAGUGGCCCCUCCAUUUGUGCCCUCAAUUGUGGGCAAGGAAGACGUCAGCAACUUCGACGAGGAGUUCACCACCGAAGCUCCAAUGCUCACGCCUCCACGUGAGCCUCGCGUGCUUUCCCGCAAAGACCAGGACAGCUUCCGGGACUUUGACUAUGUCUCUGACCUUUGCUAAUGGGCCAGGGG